AAAUAGCUAGCGUCACGCUUGGUAAUGGGGCGUGGUUCCGCAAAGUUGGUUGAGGAUGCUGUGUGAAAAAAAUGCACACAGCCUACGUCAGAAGGAAGACAUGCGGACGAAAAUAGCCCUGGCCAUUGCCGUGCUCCGCACGCGACCACCAGAGCUCUCCGUGCGAGAGUGCGUCGAAUCGCUACGUCAAGCGGUGGAGAAGAACGCCGACCCGUUCGCGGACGUGGCAGCCGUGCUGGCCGAACAGCGGGCUCUGUUCGAGCGCGACAGUCCGGCGCCGGGCGAGGCCGCAGGAGACGGCGGCGGCUCACCAGUCGAGGAGCCCGGCUGCCGGUCGCUGCUGUACCUACAGGCGGUGAGCCGGCUGCAGAGGACGCUGGGUGGCAGCGGCGACGCCGAGGAGUCGGCGCCGGAGCUGGAUGCCGCGGUGGACACGGUGCUGCGCCAUGUGUCGGAGGCGGCGUGCGACGCGGCGCCCGUCUGGCUGUCGCUGCACCACGGCCUGGAGCUGGCGGCACGGCUGCUGGCGUGGGCCGCCGGCGGUCUCGGACACGGGUCGGUCGUUAGGCUCGCUCUGCAGUCGGCCGUGUCGCACGACAGCGCCUGGCUCGGACGACGGCCGCCGCUCUGA